UGCUGUUCUGCGCCAAUGAGCACGCGCGGACUCCGACUGCGGAGGCCGUGCCCAGGGACCACGACUCCCAGAGUGCUCCGCGCCCUCGCCGCCGCAGCCGCCGCCGUUGCCGAGACCAAGAUGGCCGGGAGAAUCGCCGCCUUUCUCAGGAAUGUCUGGGCCAAGGAGCCGGUGCUAGUGGCAUCCCUCACCAUCGGGGGUCUCGCUAUAAUUCUGCCUGCCCUCAGCCCCUACGUCAAGUACUCCAUCAUGAUCAAUGAGGCCACACCCUACAACUACCCAGUGCCCCUCCGAGACGAUGGGAACAUGCCUGAUGUGCCCAGCCACCCGCAGGACCCCCAGGGCCCAAGCUUGGAGUGGCUGAAGAAACUGUGAGCUCCUCCAUUGACAGGGAGAGGCCCUCUCCCUGACAGCCCCCAAUAAAAAUGUGAAAACCA